UUAGAUCAUGCCGCCUAGCCAAAGAACUUCGCAUGCUUUCCCGACACAGCAGCUUGCCAUAGUCGCAAUAUGCCGAUUCUCGGAACCAAUCGCAUUCAAUAGCAUCCUCGCCUACAGCUAUGUCAUGGUCAAGGAUCUCCACAAUGGCGACGAGACGAAUGCCUCAUUUUAUUCCGGCCUAUUGAUAUCUGCGUAUGCGGUCGCUGAAGCCAUUACGGCAAUGGGUUGGGGAGCCAUCUCGGACCGAUAUGGACGAAAACCAGUUGUGCUGAUCGGUCUUGGCGGAGUCGCACUUUCGAGCCUCAUCUUUGGGCUCGCGAAGCAUUAUUGGGUGGCUUUGUUGGCGAGAUUUGUCGGAGGUGCGCUAAACGGGAAUGUGGCUGUUAUGCAGACUAUUGUGGCGGAAAUGGUGAAGCAUCCGGAACAUGAACCAAGAGCAUAUGCUGUUCAACCCUUUGUCUGGACCCUCGGCGGUAUUAUUGGAUCAGCAAUGGGCGGCUUUUUGGCUCAACCAGCUCACUUUUACCCUACCGUUUUCUCACCAGAUGGCCUUUUUGGAAAGUUUCCCUAUCUUCUGCCAAAUCUUGUGGCUGUUAUUGCUAUUUUAUUAGCAAUUAUCCAGGGGGCGAUCUUUCUGGAAGAGACAAAUCCGCGACAUCAACAAGAUCACAAGGUCUUUGAAGACGAUGAAAUAGAUGAGCAGACUCCACUACAUCACCAGAGGGACCGGGCAUCCCUUGUACGCUGCUCACCCGACACCGCACGACCUCACUCUGACGUAGACAAGACUCGCCAUAUUCGAAAACGGCCCUCAUUUCUAGAAGAGAGUCUACCGCUUCCCACCGAGCAGACCUUCGACAUUCGUAGGAAUUCUUUUGGAACCAUGCACUCCAUCAAGCUUCCCCAGGACUAUCGUAACAGCAGCGGCUUAACACGAGAUGACGAUAGGCCGCGCCGAACCUUCAACUUGGCCAUCAUCAUGCUAACGCUUUGCCUGGCAUUUGUCGCAUACCACCAAAUGGCAUUUGCCAACACAUUCCCAGUCUAUCUCCUUGACAAACCAGAUACUCCGCCGGGACAUCUCGACUUCCACGGCGGCCUCGGCCUCACAUUACACGAUGUCGGUACCUACCUCGCCGUGAACGGAUUCAUUGCACUUUUCAUCCAAGGAAUUGUCUUCCCAUUCUUUGCCGAGAAAGUGGGCGUGUGGAAGUCUUUCAUUAUCAUGGUUAUUUUGUAUCCAACUUGCUAUGUCAUCAUGCCCUUCAUCUCCGCGCUUCCGAACUCCCUUAUCCCCGUGGCAAUAUACGUCGCGCUCAUCCUCCAGGGAUUUUACGGCAUUAUUGUCGUACCAUGCGCUCUCAUCUUACUGAAGAAUGCAACGGCUUCGCCCCUGGAUCUCGGCAAAGUUAAUGGACUCGCCAUGUCAGCUUCUUGUUUGGCUAGGACUGUGAGCCCGCCCCUUGUUGGUAUGAUCUAUAGCGAGGGUGGAUCAGGAAAUGCGUGGCUGAGUUGCACGGCGGUAGCCAUGUUAGGUGUGAUACAGCUCUUUUGGGUUCCUAGGGAGCAUAUCGAUGCUGUUGAGGUGGAAAGUGGACUCAAGAUGCGAACUGAGCAUGAGAAUGUGCAGGGAAUUGAGGAAGGAGUUGUUGAGGAUGAAGAGCUUUGAAGAUUUGUGGACGAAGACAUUGUGGAGGUUAUUGGUCUUGAUUUUCUGCAUUUGCAUGUUGGUGGCAUUGUCCUUUGCCAUUGAAGGAACAUAACUUUUGGGCAUCGGGGGAAUGGACUUAAUGUGUAAUGGCCUGAAUGAAUCUUAUCUGUCUU